ACCUGGGUGGGUCAUGAGGCAGAGACAAGGCAGAUGUGGACAAGUGCCUUUACUGUGGCUUUUUCUGGAAGGAAAGUGCUAGGUGGGGCAGGCUGACUGAGGAUUGGCUGCCUGUGUUUGAAAGUGGCAGCCAGGGAAAUUCAUGUUCAUUGUGGGUUUUACAGUGUGCACUGUUUAAGGCUUCCUAAGGCCUCCAGGUAGCUAGGGAAAGUUGCAGGCUGGUGAGUCACAGCUAGUAGACCUUAGGGGACAGUAUAGCAUCACCUACAACAAUUAGAAUAUCAUUAAUACAGGGAGAUGGAAAUGGGUGAAUUGUCUUAGAGCUUCAUUGGCUUGACCUACCCUGUCAGCGGUCUGCACUCCCUCGAUAGGAAAACUGAGAAGGAAAGAAUGGCCAUGGAUUUGCUGCCCACUGAGGUGACAGAGUCUGUGACAUUCAGGGACGUGGCCGUGUUCUUCAGCCAGGACGAGUGGCUGCGCCUGGACGCCACACAGAGAACCCUGUACCGGGAGGUGAUGCUGGAGAACUACGGCACCCUCGUCUCGCUGGGGAUUCCGUGCUCAACCCCGAAGGUGAUCUGCCAGUUGCAACAAGGAGAAGACCCCUGCCUGGUGGACAGGGAACUUCCUCAAGAUGCCUCUCUAGGUCUCAAGGCUCAGAUGGAAAUGGAAGCCUUGCCUCCCAGACAAGGCAUUUCUAGAGAAGAAACAUCUCAGGGAAUAAUAAAGAAGAGGUCCAUUAAGUGUGGUCACUGGGACACCAAUUUUGGACAGACUUUUGAAUUUGAGAGCAGGACGGGACAGGAGCAGCAGAAGAAAUCUCUUAGGCAAAUGGUGACCUCCCACAAAAAAACCAUGAGUGGAGAAGUAAAGCAGACAAGUCUUGAACUGGGGAAAGGCUUACUUAUAAAUACAAUUCUUGUUACACAGCAGAGUGUUCCUAUAGAAAAGAUACCCAAUAUCUAUUACACCUUUGGGAAAGAUUUUAAACAGAAUUUUGACCUAAUGAGAUGCUUCCAGAUUUAUCCAGGAGAAAAACCUCAUAUUUGUCGUGAAUGUGGGAAAAGCUUCACCCAGCGUCUCCAUCUGAUUGAACACCAGAGAAUUCACACUGGUGAGAAACCCUACAGAUGUGAAGAGUGCGGGAAAACCUUUAGCCACAGAUCCUCCCUUCUUGCCCAUCAGAGAAUCCACACGGGAGAAAAACCUUACAAAUGUAAUGAAUGUGAGAAAGCGUUCGGCAGCAGUUCAACCCUGAUCAAGCAUCUGAGGGUACACACAGGAGAGAAACCCUAUCGCUGCAAGGAAUGUGGGAAAGCCUUCAGUCAGUGUUCAACCCUCACCGUACAUCAGAGAAUUCAUACCGGUGAGAAACUCUAUAAAUGUGCCGAAUGUGAGAAGGCCUUCAAUUGUAGAGCAAAACUUCAUAGACACCAAAGAAUCCACACCGGGGAGAAACCCUAUAAAUGCAGUGAAUGUGGGAAAGGUUACAGCCAGUUUGCAUCCCUGGCUGAACACCAGAGGCUUCAUACCGGGGAGCAGCUGUGUAAGUGCCUGGAAUGCGGGAGAACCUUCACACGCAUCUCAACCCUUCUCGAACACCAGCGAAUUCAUACUGGCCAGAAACCCUAUCAAUGUAACGAGUGUGGGAAAACCUUUAACCAGUAUUCCUCCUUCAAUGAACAUCGUAAAAUUCACACCGGGGAAAAGCUCUAUACUUGUGGAGAAUGUGGGAAAGCCUUUGGUUGCAAAUCCAACCUGUACAGGCAUCAGAGAAUUCACACGGGAGAGAAGCCCUACCAGUGUAAUCAAUGUGGGAAGGCCUUCAGCCAGUAUUCAUUCCUCACUGAACACGAGAGAAUCCAUACCGGGGAGAAACUCUACAAGUGUAUGGAGUGUGGGAAGGCCUACAGUUACAGAUCAAACCUGUGCAGACACAAGAAAGUUCACACAAAAGAAAAACUCUAUAAAUGGAAGGACUAUGGGAAGCCAUUUAUUUACAGUUCUUCCCUUACUCAGUAUCAGAGAUUCCUUAGAGCAGAUAAGCCCGGUGAAGUUUAAUUCUUCUCUCAAAUAAUUCAAGACUCCUUAUUGGAGAAUAAUAAAUAGGGCACAGAUUCUGGAUUAGAUUUUUUUUUUUUUUAACUGAUGGAGAAAAUAUACUAGUUCCCAUUACGUCAUGGUGAAUUUGAUCAGUGGGAUUAUGAAGAGCACUGAUUUGUCGAAUUUUCUAAGUACCAUUAAAUGCUAAUAAGGUUUCUAAGAACAUAGACAUUUUUUUUUAGUUCAUGGAAAAAACAUAAAAGGCCUAAC